AUAAUAGAAUCCACCAAGAAGAAAGAUAGGAUCCAAAACGCAUAUGCUACAUGUGUUAGAUUAUCACACAUAGCUGGACUCCGGAGAUAUGAUCCAACAAAACCAAAUCCCUAAAUCUGCGUUUGUGUUCUCAAAUUCAAACAAUUGCUGAACAACCAUUUGACUCCUAUUCCACUUCUCUCUCAAUUUUGAUUCUAGGGUUUCUUUUAUGAUCAAUUAUCAACCCUUCAUUUUUAUUUCCUCCAAUUCUAUUGAUAUAUAAGACAUACACGCAAUUCAGUUAUUUGCCCCUCAAUCCCAGCUCAAUUUGAUGAAAUUCCCCCAAUUCCAAUUGCAUUAACAAAUCUCCCCCAAUUUCCCUCGUACAUUGAACGUGUUUUGAGUGGGGGCGGCUUCGAUUUGUUAAUCGCAGGAGCAGCAGGAAUGAUCGAAUCCCAAAACAAUUUCUUGCAUUCGUGUUUUGAUCAUAAUGAAGGCUACUAAAAUCCUGCGCAGUACGUCGGCCCCCAACACUUUUUUCGAGUCAUUUUCGACGUCGUCCGCGCCAUCAAUUUCCAUGGCGGCGCCGCGGAGCGUGUACGUGGAGAGCGGCGGCGGCGGGAGGUCGCUGGAUGAGGACAGGGAGAAGAAUGCGGAGUCUCCGACGGACAAGAAAUACAGGGCGGAUAAAUCGCCGCCCUCUAGGUGGGAAUUCGUGGCGGCGUUGGGGGUAUUUUUGGCAUUUUCGUCAGCUUUGUUGUUCAUUUACCUCACGAUGCCCACGGCGGAGUAUGAGAUCCUCAAGCUGCCUCGCACUCUUGCAGAUCUUCGCUUGCUCAAAGAUCAUCUUGCAAGCUAUGCUCGACACUACCCAGCAAAGUUCAUUCUGGGUUACUGUUCGACAUACAUAUUCAUGCAGACAUUUAUGAUACCAGGGACAAUUUUCAUGUCCUUGCUAGCUGGAGCUCUUUUUGGAGUUGGCCGAGGCCUCUUCUUGGUCGUCUUUAAUGCCACUGCUGGUGCAUCGUCUUGUUAUUUUCUGUCUAAACUAAUUGGCAGACCCAUUGUUGUCUGGUUGUGGCCUGAAAAGCUAAGAUACUUUCAGGCAGAGAUAGCAAGGCAUAGAGACAAGUUGCUCAACUACAUGCUCUUCCUGAGAGUUACCCCCACAUUGCCCAAUCUUUUCAUCAAUUUGGCUUCGCCUAUUGUAGAUAUCCCUUUUUAUAUCUUCUUUCUCGCAACUAUCAUCGGCCUCAUUCCAGCCUCUUAUAUUACUGUCAGAGCUGGACUUGCGCUUGGAGAUCUGAAGUCGGUGAAAGAUCUAUACGAUUAUAAGACUUUGGCCGUACUUUUCCUCAUUGGGUCUGUUUUAUUAUUUCCGACCCUCCUGAAGAGAAAAGCGAGUAUAUGAAUAGAGCUGUUCGCACAUUUCCUCCCGUCUCAGUGGAGAAGGAACCCGGAAACACAUGGUCUUCGACAAUUCCUUCAUCCAGGGGUGAGUCUUGAAGUGCAAAUGCUAAGCCUGCUAUUCAUUAUUUCUUUCAAGAUAACACAGCAGAAAUUAUGAGAUAUUACAUUUAUGCGACAUGAAGCAACACAUGAUGUUGCUGUAUGUAUAUAUUCAUUGAAACUCAAAUUUCUAAUGUCGCUUAUAGAGAUAGUUAAUUCUGGUGUUUGCUUCAUACAUCAUUAUUGAGCACUGAGUUAUAUUAUUCUGAUAGAUUAUUGUAUUUCA